AUGACAAGUAAUGGGCUUAUGAAGAUUCAGAAAACUCAAGCUGCUACAAAUGGUGAGGAUACAAUUCAUUUCUUCAAGAUUAUUGUCGCUCCCCUCACUCAAAAAUUCAAGCUUAGGAUUCCACGGGCAUUUGUGAAGAAAUAUGGAAGACAUCUUUCUAGUGACAUAUAUCUCAAUGUACCAAAUUCUGAACAACCAUGGAAGGUGAAAUUAGAGAAAACUAACAAUGACAUCUUCCUGGGAGAGGGUUGGCAAGAUGUAAUGGAAUUUUAUAACGUAAAGUGGGGCCAUUUCUUAUUAUUCAGGUUCGAUGGUGGCUCAAUAUCACAAUUUGACGUCGAUAUAUUCGACCUAAGUGCUACAGAGAUAGACUAUCCACUUAGAAAAAUCUCUUGUGCUAUGAAGAGAAAAUCUAAUGUUAAGACUACUGUCAAUCUUGCUUCAUCAGAUUUUGAUAACGUAAAAUUUUCAAGCUACAAAAGCCAAGAUGAUGUUGUUCAACAAAGCUUUCACAACUUUCAAUCUGAGAAUCCUCAUUUCAAGGUUCCUAUCCGGAGUUGGAAUCUGGCCAAAUUGGGACUGACGAUUCCGCUUGAAUAUGCUAGAGCUUAUUUGGAGGGUAAGCAUAAGCAAAAGAUAUUUAUAAUAGGAUCGGGUGAUGAGAAGAGAUGCUAUAAGUUAACGUUGUAUGUUUAUCUGCAUAAUUGCCAUAAGGUUAAGGCGGAAAUCUUCGGACGAUCUGAGAUGCGAAAGUUUUAUAGGGACAAUAAUUUGAAGUUAGGAGAUGGUUGUGUUUUUGAGCUGCUUCAUCCUCAGAAUAAUAUCUACAAAUUUACCAUCUUUCGUGCUCCAUGUCUAGUCAAACACUAG